AAGUUUAUUUUAAGUGGUGUAAACAUAUAGAUCUACACAAAUAAUUUUUUUUUUAAAUACAUUUUAAACUUUAUGAUAUUCGAUUAUGCAUUAUACUGCGGCACGUCUGUUCUCGUGCAUCGCUCCCGCGAUACUGACGUUUCUGACCAGUGUAACCCUUAUUAAAACGCAAAUAAAAUCUACCUAUUUUAGUAUUGAAAAAUAGAAUGGAAGUAAACUAUAAUAGUAAGGUAUUGAGUGGUCAUUUUGGGAAACUUUUGAAGUUUGUUAAAAUUCAAAGAUAAGUAGGUCUCUAGUAAUUAUGUUGUUAAUUUUUGUCGUUCCAAACUUGUUGUUUAAUAAUGUAUUUAUGUACGCAAAUAGAUACGAGUCACCGCUGACGUAGGUGCAACUUGAAAAAUAUUUGCAUUUCAAAUAUGAAAUAUAAAGUCAUUUAAGAUUAUUCAGGGAUCGUUAAAGAGUAAUAUAUUUCUCUUAAUUUUAUAUUUGUAUGUAACGUAAUUUCGUAUAUUUUUUAUUACUUUAAUUGCAUUCAGACCAGUUAUUGUCUAUGUUCGUUAAAGUUUUUUUUUUUUUUUUUUUCAUAUAUGGUACAAUUCAAGGUUAAAAUUCUUUAUUAUAACAUAAAACAGGCUGUGGUAUAAUUAAAAUUAGCACAUAUUUUGUUCUAUAAUCGUACUGUAUUAUAAAAUAAUUAAUAGACGACUGCUUAUAUAAAUAAAUAAUUAUUUUAUUACCGACUCGCCGACGAACGAUUCUAUUUGUCAGUUAGACGUUGUUGAGAUUUGUUAUUGACAGAAACGGUUAUUAAAAAAUAUUAUUACGUCUAUUUUAUAUAAAGAUAAGCAACGAGUGACGGAAAGUUGACGGAAUGAACUAUAAACAUAGAUACAGAGAUAAAAAAAAAACCUACAAUAAUGUAAUACACUAAAAAAAUAUUUUCUUCCUUCCGGAUUCCUAUUUUAAAUACAGAUAUAGAUGCACAAAUAGAACUUAUGAUAUUAUAAAAAAAAAAACAAAAUGUAUGGUUUUUAUCCGAAUAUUGUAAAAUAAAUCGAUUAAUAAUCGAUACCCAAGUAUUGUGGUGGCAAUACUAUUUGCGCUAUUGUACUUAGGUGUCGCUGACGUGCUCAGACUUGCUUUUGUUCAAUGUGAAAAUAGUUACACCAGAUACCAAUUUUUAAAUUUACCUAAAUACUUAAAAAACUUUUUCUCCAAUUUGAUACGAUGUGACAAAAUCACUUUUUUUUUUCAAUCACAAACUUGUUUCGGUUUUUACUGCGUGUUCCCUCAUCACGCGAGACGUACAUAUACUUGUAUAUGGUUUACUAACAGUAAAACUGUUAAAAAGUAUUCAAAUUUCUCCACGUACAUUUGCUUUUACACUAAAAAUGUCUCUAACAAUAUUAGUUCUAUAAACUAUCGCAAAAUCAGAAUAGAUAAUUUUUACUCAAAAUUGCGGUAAAAAAAUUUUGCCGGCUGGCAACACCAGAUGUGAAUAAUAAAUGGUCCUUCACAAGUAUAUUUAUCACUACUAUAUUGUACAGAGUUCUUCGAAUUUUAACAUAACGUAGACAUAUUCGUAAACUAGUCUAUCGACUUUAAUAAAUAUGACCUCAAGUUUGAUUUGUAACUACGGUGAUGAUAAAAUACUUAACGAGUAUUUUGUUGCGGACACAAGUGAUACGGAGAUGUUUGGAAGCGAUGAAAGUAAUCUGGAGUACGAGCCCGUCACAGAGCCGGAGGACGAUAGGCCUGCUUUCGACGACACUUCAGGGGACAGCGAGGACGAAAUUAUAAAAACAAAUAGAAUCACGGUGACAAUGGGCGAUGACGGCGAGCUGGAGUUUGCGGACUCGGAGCAGACCAGCUCCAACGAGUCGGACAGCGAGAUCGACCUGCUCGGCUACGACAGGUGCGCCCGCUGCCACUCCUCCGAGCACAACACUUUCUACAGAUACUGCCAUGACUGUUUCAAGGCAAAGAAAACGUUCUUCCCACCGAGACCGAAGGCAAGGAAAAGGAAAGCGCCCGAAAAUAGUGACACGAUACCGCGGUCUUCGUCACAAGAUUCCGGGUUCGAGUCUCUAAACAGCCAGAAAUCACAGGUGGGCAGUAGUAAGUUGGGUUUGGGGUCGGGCGUAGAGCUCAAAUGGGGAUCGAACGGGCGGAGGGCUCGCAAGCGGCGUACUUCUUCCGAACGCAGCGGCGGCUCCGGGAGUUCCUCUAAAAAGCGUAGGCACACUGAUGAAAACUGUCCGUCAGAUUUGGAGAGCACAGUUAAAAAACGUCGCUCCAAAAAUGACCACGAUCUCCCACGUACGGGAAGUUCGGCUAAAAAGCAUCGCUCCACGGAUGAGAAUAAUCAUUCCGGCUCUGAUAGCGGAACUAAGACGCUUAGUUUAACAGACGACAACGAUCAUUCGAGCACCGAGAGCUCGGGUAAACAGUUUAAAUCCGCGAACGACAAAGAUACGGUGCAACCCAUAAUUAAGUCGAUAAGCGAACCGUCCGUGUCGGUUCACGCCGCGUCCGCGUCUAAAGAGGACGAGUCAAAAGACUUGUGUAUCAUAUGCUAUGUUCGUCCAAAGUCGGGUGUGUUCGCCCACGGCAGGCUCGCACACAUUUGCUGUUGUUAUAAAUGCGCCGUCAAAGUGUGGAGCACGUCCAAACGUUGUCCCGUGUGCAAUUCCAAAGUGAGUAACGUACUCAGAGCGGUGGUCAUGUAAAUUUACAAUUAGGAUCGUUGAAUUUCUUAUAGGUAGGUAUUUCUUAAAUUCAAAUCCUUAAACCAUUUAUAAACAGUACGACGACGUUUAUACAGAUCUUCCAUACUAAUCCAAUCAUUUUUGGAUCUAUAUUUUUUCUUUAAAUAUCGAUUAUUGUUGAUUGAAUAUUACAAAAACAAACCUUGGCGAACAAGAAAGGUUUAAAAGGUAUCAAGAAAAAAAAAACUUAAAACGGAUACUUCAAAAAAUAUGGCUCAACAAAUGAAAAUGACUCGAACUUCCAUACAAAUCUCGCGAUCGCAUGAUCUACCCGUAUGUAUGGGAUGGACCUAAAAUUGUUUUCAUAUUUUGACUUGUGGUUUUGUGGUAUUAUUCAUAGGAUUGUUAAAUACCUUAUGUACGUACGUCGCUACGUAUAAUUAAUAUAGUGUAUAACUAUAUUAAUUAUACAGGAUGAUACAGAAAUCAGCUAACUUGAUACUUGUAUGCGUCGUAUUUAUUUGUUGCUAAAAGAAUAUUUAUGAUUUUCGUUUCAUGCUGUAUGUGUAUUUAAUUUGUCCUUUAUUAUCUAGGUUUGGAUCGUCCUAUUUUGAUUUCUCAUUAUUAUCAUCAUAUCACGUUAUUAUAUCCGUUCACUGUCCACUAUUGGUCUGUCUGUAAGGGGUUGCCCACUCUAUGUCGGGCAUAUGAGUAUUAGUAUAUAAAUUAGUUCGUGCGUCCAACGAUUCAUGUUUUGUUUCAUCAAAUAACGCCUCUACGUAUAUAAUUACGGAAAGUGAAAAUGCUCAGUUUCCAAGAACGGUUAAAAGUUUAAAUUUUGCAUAACAUUGUAAUGAAUGUCUUAUCGUUUUAAAAAUUUGACUAUACAGUUGCAGAUAAUUCACUAACAUCGUAUGGAUAAACAAAUAGUCCAAUAAAAGGAAUGUUUAUAUUUACUUUUUUCUUUCUUUUACGCUAUGUCUUAAUUUUCUAGUCUAUAAUAUUUUUUUGAGUUAUUGAAAAUAAUAAAUGUAUGCUAUAAAACGUUAGACAAUUUAAAAUUAAGUAAAGUUAAAGUUAAAUUUAAAAUUAAGAGAGGCUGGGUAAGUGUGCCUUCUCAAAAUUUGUUUAGUACGUAACCCAGCACUAUUGUUUUUAUUUAACAGAUUAGAAUACUACAAGUUGGAAUACGAUUUACAAGUUUUUCUUUAAAUUAUCUUUAAUUACAAAAUAAUAGAAAUAAUAAUAAAUAAUAAUCAAUUAAAGUCACAAAUCUCGAUUCUAGCGCCAUCUAGAAUGUCUUGUCUAAUUUUCUUGAGUUUUAGUUUUUGUUGUCUAAGUAUAAAAAACUAAAGAAAAUAGGAUAUACUUAAGUAUUUGUUGCACAAAAUAGACUUCAAUUUUGAAGUACAGACUAAAAUAUACUAUAAUACAUAUAAAGGUACAAAAGGCGUUUUUAUCGUUAGAGCAAUCUCUUACAGGCAACCUUUGGUUAAAGGAGAAAAUGAGAGAGAAGUACAUACAAUAGGUAUUUAUGUACAGAAGGUUUACUUCACAAGGAACUUUACAAAUAGCACUAGCUCUAAACCACUGAGUUUUCAAUUAUCACUACUAUACUGUGUCAUAGAAUAAGUUUCUUUUUUGUGUUUUUUUUUUUUUUUUUAUUAAGCAAUAUUAACCUACGGAAUUACUGGCUCAAUGAAAUUUGCUCUUGUUCGCUAUGCCAAAUUUUUUAAUGUCGUUUCUCAUAUCACCAGAGGGAGACUUUGUACAAAAGUCGUUUGCUUGGGUACCUCUGUCCUAUUCGUGUUUCAACCGUGAAGCAGUUGUGUUUGCAUGGCUGUGUAUCGGUUUGAAGGGUGGGAUAUGGCGUCAAUUUACAGGGUACAGAGGAAUAACACCUGAGUCCUCAGGAAUGGCAACGCAUGGGGGGGGGGUGUAUCAUGGGCGAAACAGUAUACUCUGUUAUGUCCAUGGUACUGCUCAUGUCUAUAGGCGACGGUUACUACUUUCCAUCAGGUGGGCCGUCAGCUUGUUUGCCAUUCUAAGUUAUAUAAAAAAAAACAUGCGUUGGAUCCGCACAUUGGGACGAUAUUUAGGUUUCAUACUUACUUAUUUACCUCAUGGAACUGUUAUUAUAAAUGUGAAAGUAUUACUAUAUUUAUUUAUUCAUUUAUUUAUUUCUUUAUUGACCACAUUACAAAAAAAGAUUGGUUCAAGAGACGGACUUAAUACUAUAUAGCAUUCUCUCCCAAUCAACCUUUGGUGAAACAAAAAUAUGAUGCAGCUAUAAAUUGAAAAUUUAAAGAAUAAAAAAUUUAUAAAAAUUCAAAGAAAUUACAUGCGUUUAUUAUAUAUUUUAGUGAGUUUAAUCAUGGGGUGCUUUUAUCUGACAUUUUAUGGUAUAUAUAAUAUAUAUGUAUCUAUGUAUAAUACUAAUAUUAGUACAUACAGUAACAACUAACUGUAACUGACACCCAAUUCCUAUAUUCGCGGCUAAAGAUUUCUAUAUUCGCGGAUUUUAUAUCGUUGCUUAUUAAUAAAAAGUAUUAAAUUAUCCUUUGUAAACACGUCAGCGAAUAGACUAAUAAAAGUAAAAUACACCUUAUUAUAACUAUGCUUAAAGUAUAUUAUCUAAUGCUAUCGCCGCUGUAUAAGUGGUUCGGUUUUCUAUAUUCACGGUUUCUAUAUUUGCGGCAUAUUCACGGAACGUAUACCCCGUGAAUAAAGAACUUUUACUGUACACAGCUGACAUAGCCGUUAACAUGAAAUCUCUACUCUACUGGGUUAUUUUAAAAUAGUAAUAGCUUUUAGAUUUAAUUGUUAAUAUUUACCCCUCAAACGGAGGGUAUGGUCAGUCGAUCUACUUAAAUAGUUUGUAAUUUUUUUUUCCAUAUAAUUACUAUUUCUUUGUAAUUGUAUGUAUACGUUAGAUUUUAGUUUAGUUUUAGUAACUCUAGUAAUAGGACACUGUCGGGCUUAUCUACUUAAAAUUAGCUCUUUAGUAUUAUGUUUUGUCCUCUCACGGGGGCAUCAUUUCAUUGUAAUUCAAUUAAAAAAAAAAAAAAAAAAAAAAAAAAUAUAUAUAUAUAUAUAUAUAUAAUAAGUUUUUUUUUUUUUUAAUUAAAAAUUAAUAUUAAGAAAAUUGAGUCGAUUCUUAGAUGCCAUUUCGCUGAACUUAUCGUAACCUAAUAUUUUAAUUUGUUAAUUUUGUAAUAUUACUAUUUUAUGGACCACCAAAAACUAAUGAUAAAUUUGACUUAAAUUUAUUAGAAAUUUAGUUCGUAUAGGUCCUUAAAAUAAAUAUUUUGCUAUAAUAUCAAGUUGGAAUAUUAAUUUUUGAGAUGGAUUUAGAGAAGUUGCGUCUCAGAAUUGACCGCAUUAUGCCCAAUAUAUUUUAUUGGUAUUUAUUAUAAUAUAAUCUCACUACUAUAUUAUUCUGUAUCUAUUAAUUUACAUGUAUAUAUAGUUUACAUAAUUUCACCAGUGGUAGGAUGAUAGGUGAGGAUGAAAGCAGCUCAGUUAGCCCAUCGUGACAAAUCCACAAGAAUUAACCACGAUAGUUUUUAGGGGGAACCGCGUGGAGGUCGACCUGAUAGAGGGUGUAUUGCUAGCAAGGGCGUUGCUAAGAAUACUAAGAAAUAUUAGCCAGUAAAUCGUAAUGUUUUAGAUUAAGUUUACUGUUAUUCUUUACAAAAUCUAUAAUCCCUUUAAUGAGGGGUUGUUAUUUAGUUAUAAAAGUUAAUUUAAAUACAUAUAAAGAUAAUUUUAUUUUAUAAUUGUUAAUUAUUUGCUUUUUUUUUUGUUUUUCUAUAUAAGUUAGAACAUUACAUACUUCAGCUUACCGCUAACGAAAUGCUUUCUUACUGUAUUGGGUUGACUGGAAGAGAUCUCUGUCAGAGAUAAGUCCACCCUUGCUUACAUUUAUAAAUACAUUAUUUUAUAUGUAACUUACAAUAUAUAUAUAUAUAUAUAUAUAUAUAUAUAUAUGCAUAUAUCUUUGUAUAUAUUUGUUUAUAUAUAAUAGUACGCCACCUAUCCUUUGUUUUUCUUUCUUUUCUCAAUGUUCUCUACCCAAAGGUUGUCUGGAAGAGAUUGUUUAGCGAUAAAGCCACCUUUUAUAUCAUUUCUUAUUACAGUUAAAUGUAUUUACUAUUUUAUAAAUGGUGCAAUAAAGUGUAAAUAAAUAAAUAAGUAUAUAUUACAGCCAAUUAAUCAUUGAGUCAGCAAUUUCGUCGUCUCUGAAAUAUUUUCCUAAUAGGGCGCACUUAAUAACGUUGAUAAUUCGAUAUUUAUUUUAUUUUAAAUUUCGAAACGAUUUUUUUUUUUAUUAGAUAGUAAUAGGCUCAAGAACUAAUUCAUUCUGAUGGAUGGUUUUGUUUUUUUUUUUUCUUUAGUAAAGUUUAAGCCAAUGUACAUAUUUAUUUACGUAUGUACAAUACAUAUAUAAUCGUCUAUAUUUUAAAGUAAGGACAACCGGAUUAAUUAAUGUAAUAAAUUAGCCUACAUUAAUUAAAAAGAAAUUAAUUAUAGGAGGGUAAUUUAAAAAUGUCUCUUCGAAGAGCACGUUGACAUAACAUACCGGUGUAUUCCAGCAAGCAAUGUCUGAGGCCUGCCAUCGUGUGUUUGCAUUUAAUAAGGAAUGGCAAAUAAGCUGACGGCCCACCUGAUGGAAAGUGGUAGCUGUCGAACAUUAUGAACAUAGCAAAAUACACUGUGAUGCCCAUGGCACCCCUCAUGUGUUGCUAAUCCCGAGGACUAAGGUGUUUCCAUACUCUGUAAUUUAACUGCCAUAUUCUUUACAAACCGAAUCACGGCGAUACAAGCACAGCUUUACGACAGGAGAAGGGGGAAGGGAUUGUUAGCAAUGGAGUUUGACAGCCCCAUUGCUAGCAAUAAUGCCUUUCAGGUCAACCUCCGCGUGUUUCCCCCCGGAAACCAUCGUGAACAAUUCUCGUUGAAUUCGUCACGAUGGGCUAACUGACUUGUUUCAUCCUCGUCUCUCAUCCUUCACUGAUGCCCUGCCGGUGUAUACCGAUAGCGCGGGUGGGGUUACUAUUUCAUUAUCACCUAUAAAAAAAACUUUACGGCGGAAACAUGAGAAUGAAAAGCAAACAUAUAACGAUGGCGGCCUAGACACCAGAGGGCGACACCGUCAAACAAAUAGUAGUAUGCAUAAUUAUUAAAAAGAUUUUAACUAUUUGCCAAAAUGUCAAAGUAUACACAGUAUAUGUAGGUGAUUUUUUUUUUCGUUUAAUUUUCAUAUUAUCUUGCAAUACAACCGACAUUUAUCAAGUGACGUGUAUCGUUUUGGACGUUGCUUCACAAGUAUCUUUAAAGUCGACUCUCCACUGGGGAAUGAAUUACAAAAAAUGUUUUCUCUAUUAUAUUUAUAUAUAGCGGAGCUUUAAUUUUAUUUUAAUAAUUUAGUUAAAAUAAAUGUUAUAAAAUAUAUGUUAAUAAUAUGUUCAUAUAUCGUGAUUCAACUGUUUGUAAUAAUAAAAACUCAAAUAAUUUAAUUUAAAAAACAAACAUCCGCGUGAAAUAAUAUCGUCAAAAUAUAUUAAAAAAAAAAAAAAACUAUAGUAUAGAAACUUCCCAUUGGUAUACUAUUUUUUUUUUAAUUGUAGCGCAAACAGAAUAUAGAUUAACUAAAAUAUUUCGUAAGUUGUAAAUAACGUUAACUGAGACAAGAAAAAAAAAACAGAUUAAUAUAUUGAAUUAUUAGUUAGUAUUUUCAUUAAAUAUGUUAUUAUUAGUCGUACUAAAUAAAGUGUAAAUACGCUGAUGGCUAUGCAAUAAAUACGAUUUAAACGCCCUCUACAAUAACGUGAUGUAAAUAUAAAAUGAUUAAUUGCCACUGGCAACACAAGAGACAUAUUGAUGACUAAAAAAAUAUAUAUUAUGAUUUUUUAUAAUUGAAGUCUAAUUAAUAAUUAUUUUUUAAAUAAAUAUUCCUAAAUAACGUUGCACCGUUCGUUAUAUUUUCGGUGAUAACUGUCUACCAUAGACAGAAGAUAACGACAUAUAGUGUUAAGACCGCCAUUUACACUGUGUGUAUUGAAGGUAAAUGAAUAAAAAAAAUAUCCAACUAUUUCUAUAGUGGUAUAUUAUCAAAUGCAAAAUUACUGUUUUCUUUAUAAUAGUGAUUAAAAUAUGUACCCUUCUAGGCUGCUUUAUAGUUUUAUUUAAAAUCAAGUGGUUGGUAACAUUGGGGGUUAUUUAAUAGAGACUCUCGCCUCACGUUGUUUAUGGUUUAUAAGAGAUGGGAACUAAUGCGAUCGUUCAGGUAAAAUAUGAUAGUUUAUUUGGAUUGUCUCGAAGUUCCAACUGCGAGCUGGAACCAAGUGAUCAAAAAAAUUUACUAUGCAUAAAUAAUAUAAAGACACCAUAUGUGAGUGGAUGGAAGACGUCUGCUUCACAAGCGGAGACAUAGCAUCAUGGUUUACCUAAUGAUCACAUUAAUUUAUAUUUCUUAUGAACCAUGAAAAUCGGUUCUCUUUUGUUAACCUCACUUAUUUUUUGUUUUGUUUUGAUUAAAAACUUUUUCCCUUGUACCAAUUGUGAAUCAAUAAAUAUGAUUAUUAUGUUCCUUCUAAGUAUAUGUGUAUGUUUAUAUAUUAUAUUAAACAAUGUAUAGUUGUAUAAAAGUAAACAUUUUAAAGUUAAAUAUUAAAUGCGAAGUGUAUAAAUUUAAUUAGAUUGUGAACAUUUAGGCGUUAAGUAUUUAAGACUAAUUUUUCCACUUUCCCACCUAAUUACCCUGCCGCAGAAUAGAAAUUGUUUUCUUAUAUGAUUUAUAAAUAUAUUAAAUAUUUAAAUACUUGCUAAAUUAUAUAUUAUAUAAAAAAAAAAUUAUACCUUAAUGUUAUUUAAAAUUGACCUACAUUGAUAUUUUAAUUGUGUUAAAUAAAGUGUAGGUAGAGGUGUAUGAUUGGUUUUAAGAAUGCUAAGGGAGAAUAUGUUGCGAGGUUUUUGAAAAGCUGUGCCCAGAUCUAUUAAUAACGUUUAUAAUGGAUUUAGUAAAAUUAUAAGUACACGUUGAGUUGUGAGUGAAAUGUUAUAUAUAUAUAUAUAUAUAUAUAUAUAUAUAUAUAUAUAUUGUGUAUUUAUGUUGAUAAUAGGCUCGAUUCUGUAGCGUCGUUUUUUUAAACCUAUCUUUAAAAUUUCAAUUUGAUUUCAUAGCGGAUUCUUUAUUGCGAGAACCAGUAUGAAUUAAUUUUAUAUGUUUUAUCGCUAGUUUGUGUACAAUACAAGAAUAAAAAAAAAAACUAAAUUUCUAAUUGAUUUAAAUCAGAAUAUAUAAUUAUAAAUUAACUAUCACACUGUUUUGUCACUUUCUAUCAAAUUGGGAAUUUAGCAUAAAAGAAAGAGACAGGUAAUAAUUUAAUAGUUAAAAUGAUUUUGAGAGAUUUAACGUUUUUAUGAAUUAGGGAUUAGUGUAUGGUGAUUCAUAAAACAUAAUUAUUUCCUGAAAUUAUAUACAUACAUAUCUGUCAUGUCUCCCAUUAGGGUAGGCAGAAACAAUGGAACGCCAAAUGCUUCGAUUCAAACAAACCUGAAAUUGUCAAUAUAAAAUAUUAAGUAAUGGCGUAUUAAAAUCGAUCCUGUUAUUAUGUGGAUUAAAAUUCUCUUAAAACAUUUUUGCUAUGAAAUAUGAUAUAUUGUGCUUAUUUAUUUAUUUAUUUAUAGCAAGGCAACAGAUUACAAAUUAAUACAUUAUAGUAAAAUAAAUAUUACAUAAAACAGCAUCAAAUUUGCACUCCAAUAACUGCUCUGCAUAACACUCGAUAUUAGAAACAUUAAAAGAAUAACGGCUAUAAAUUUAAAGUAACAAAUUGGCAGCCUUAAUGUAACAUUGCAAGGAUUGUAGGAAAAUAUCAAGCAUCUUGCAUACAUUGUUAUAUUUUCCGCACAUGCGCAUAAUUGGAUUGUGAUACGAUACAUUGUUAUUACAAAUCGGUAUAUAAAAUAUUUUUUUGUAUUCUUUUAUUACCUUUACGUAAUGAAACAAGGCUCAAUAAUGUGCUAGUUUCCCAUUUAUAAUUUAUUAUUUUAUAGAGAGUGAUGAAAUCAGACAUUCUUACUUACAGACAGACUUGUGUUUUUAUUAUAGUCAUUACUGGAGUGCUGAUUGUAUGUUUGUUGUAAGUGGGUACAUGAUGAUGCACUGAGUGAAACCGUAUGACUGUGUCUCUGCGUAAUAAUUCAUUUUUAACACAAUUGUCUAUCAAUUAGGGUUACUCUAUGGUAUAUCAAUGGGAAGAUUUUUAAGUUAGGUACUUGUGUAAUUUUUGUUGUUAUUAAAAAAUGCUGUGAUAGAAGAAAUGCAAAAAAAAAAAAUUAAAUUAAAUAUAAAUUUUAUCUA